CGGAAGAAGAAAUUCCCAUGACAAUUUCCUGUUUCAGCAAAAACAAACGCGUUAAUCCACGCUCCACAGUGACGUGGCUGACAGGGCAAAAUCCAUUUGCUAAAGAGGUGUGGAAUAUUUCUCCGCAUUGAAACAGGUAGGUAUGUUUUAAGAUGUCGGACACUGAAGGACAGAAGGAAUCUGAGGGCCAGUCGGAAGGCCAGGAGAUGGAAUCCAAGCGGGCCCCUUCUCCAGUGACUGACAGCCCAGCAGAGACUCCCCUGAACGCCGCAGACGUGACUCCUGUAAACGCCACCGACGUGACUCCUGUGAACACUACCGACGUGGCCCCUGUGAAUACUACCGACGUGGCCCCUGUCCGGAAGACCCGAAAAAGACCAGAGAACAAGCCUCUGCCUGAACCCAAGGAGGAGGCUUCAGAGGUCUCGAAAAAAGAGGAUGACUCUACAAAGAAGUCCAGCGAGGCAGCAGUGGCUCAGGGAGGGUGGGGCUAUUGGGGCAGCUGGGGCAAGUCCAUCAUGUCAACUGCCUCUGCCACAGUGGCUUCUGUAGGUCAGGGCAUAUCCCAGGCUAUUGAGAAAGCUGAGACUUCGCUUGGCAUCCCCAGUCCUGUGGACGUGUCGGCGCAGAUCAUGGAGGAGGAGAAGGAGGCUGAGGAGGACCGGGGGGAGGCGGACGGGGCUCCCGCCCUGGGAGGUGCGAUGGGGAUGCUGUCAUCGCUGUCCAGCGUUGUCCAGAGCACCGGAAAAACGGUUAUAACUGGUGGCCUGGAUGCUCUGGAGUUCAUCGGUAAAAAGACCAUGGAUGUAAUUGCGGAAGGAGAUCCGGGAUUUAAAAAAACAAAAGGACUUAUGAUCACGACGUCCACUCUGUCACAGGUUUUAAGGGAAGCGAAAGAACGAGAGGAGAAGCAGACUGCGGAGGAGGUCUCCUCAGACACGGAGAAGAAGGCUCAUUAUGGAAUGCUGUUUGAUGAAUACCAGGGUCUAUCCCACCUGGAGGCCCUGGAGAUCCUGUCCAGAGAGAGUGAGGCGAAGGUGAAGUCUGUUCUGACCAGCAUGUCUGGGGAAGAACUGGCCCAGCUGAAAGGGGAGCUGGAACAGAUUAAAGUGCCUUUCUCCCUGGUGGAGUUUGACGAGGAAGAGGUGGAGGAGAAGAAAGAUGAUGGUGGAACAGAGUUUGUGAAGGAAUUGUCUGAUGUGUUGGCAGAGCUGCACUUAUCAACAAGUGCGGACAAACUUGGCAGGUCCAUAAAGAAAGCUUACGACAGCAUCAGCGACAUGAGCAGACCAGCAGAGGGCAGAAAACAGGAUGGGGAGGAGCCUGAAGAGGAAGUCCAGGCCAGAGCAGAAGAGGUGAAGCCGUACACUGUAGAGGCCAUCCACUCCUCUGCUAUCAGGAGCCUAGCCCAGCUGACGGCCAGAUCCAUAGAGCAGUUCCACAAAGUGGCAGAACUUGUUCUUCAUUGUGAGAGCAAAGAGACAACUGCUCUGGAACAGGCCAAAACCCUGUCACAGAUCACAGUUGUUUUGUGCAGAGAGAUAUCACUCCUGUCCAAGAAGUUCACUUCCUGUUUAACCACUGUAGGGUCAAAUGAGAAGGGAGAUGUGCUUAACCCAUUAAUAACAGGUGUCUUUUUGGAGGCUUCCAACAGUGCAUCGUACAUCCAGGAUGCAUUCCAGCUGUUACUGCCAGUACUAGAGGUGUCCCACAUCCAGAGGAGGGCUGACUCCACUGGGCAGUGACAGCGCUCAUGUGUGCCAACAGGGAACUUCAUCACAGAGGAACGCUCUGUGUGAUGUCACUGGCUUCUUUCAUCACAGAGGAACGCUGUGUGUGAUGUCACCGUGAUGUCACUGGCUUCUUUCAUCACAGAGGAACGCUCUGUGUGAUGUCACUGGCUUCUUUCAUCACAGAGGAACGCUGUGUGUGAUGUCACCGUGAUGUCACUGGCUUCUUUCUGCAACGGACAUAUUUACUCCCAUGUAGACAAGCGAGGUGUUGAUAAAUAUCACGCUGGUUUUUUUGUACAGUUAGUAGAUAAAGAGCUGUAAAACGGUGGAAAAAAAUAAUUUGGUAAAGAUCUUUCAAAUUAAUUACUUCCACGCUAAAUUAAGGUUUAUUAGUCCCUUAAAUACUUUUUAAUACAAAUCCUAAUCUUUCUUUAGUAGGGUUUUCAAGGGCAGAAAUAAAAUAAAAAGUUUUCUAGAAUAAUUUUCUUCUUACUGUCAUGAUGGUAAAUAUAAUGAUUUUGACAGUGCUCAGAACUUUCUGGUAGCAUUCACCUCAUAUAGUGCACUUCAUAGGAAUAGUAUAAAGUAUAGAGUAUAAAUAAAUAUUUUUCAUAGUUCUUUCCUUGUCAUGCCCCAAGCCCAGUUUCAUAUUUUAAAAUAAAUUUACAUUAAUGGCAUUUGGCAGAUGCUCUUAUCCAACUUGUACAAUAUUGGUUCUCUGAGUUGACAUUUAGCACUUAUUCCUUAUAGUGCCUAGAUGUGUGUGAAAUGUUUCAAAUAUGGUCUCUGGCCAUAUACAUUUUGAUGAAUGCUGCUUAUACUUUACUGUUGUCUUGUAGGUUUCAGUGGUGUUCACUCCUUUGGCAAAUAUUUUAUUAAUUUCUCACACGCAGUUAGUUGUGCUAUUGACACAUCAAUGUUACAGUCCAUUUGGCUUGAAAGCCUUCCAGCUCCCAAUGUAGUUGUAUUGUAAUUUCUCUUAUAAUUAUAACUGGCAGUUUAAUACAUAUAUAAUUUUACUGUAUAUUAAAUUAUAACUGACAGUUUAAUAGGCAUAUAAUUAUACUGGAUAUUCAUAAUUUUACUGGAUAUUCAUAAUUAUAUUGUAUAUUCAAUUAUAACUGGCAGUUUAAUAUGUGUAUAAUUAUACUGUAUAUUUGUUUCUUAUUGUUGAAUCAUAUAAGACAAGUAUUACUGGCACAAUGGCCUUCAAUAAAAGGGUUCUAUUUUACAUUUAUACAGACCCAGGCAGAAAAUAUGAUUGAUUUCUCAUGUAGUGACUACAUUACCACAACCUGAAAUUAUACCCAUAUUAUAUCACCAUAAAUACAGUAUUAGUUUACCCUUUCAAUUGUGUAACUGACAAGUAUUUGUCUAUCUGAAUUAAACUUGCUUUUGUAAUAAUGUU